UAGCAGCCACGGGCACAGGACGCGGCCAUGACGGCAGGGACGGCGCUGCCGGGGGCCGACGGGCAGGCCGAGGGGGCGCCCGGCGCCGAGGCCGCGAGCGACAAGCAGGACACACGCGACACGCGCGACAAGGCGGUGCAUGAGCGCGGGCACUGGAACAGCAAGGUGGAGUUCGUGCUCAGCGUGGCGGGCGAGAUCAUCGGGCUGGGCAAUGUGUGGCGCUUCCCCUACCUGUGCUACAAGAACGGCGGAGGGGCCUUCCUGAUUCCCUAUGUGGUGUUUUUUAUCUGCUGUGGGAUUCCUGUCUUUUUCCUGGAAACCGCGCUGGGCCAGUUCACCAGUGAAGGCGGUAUUACGUGUUGGAGGAAGGUCUGUCCUUUAUUUGAAGGCAUCGGCUAUGCCACCCAGGUGAUCGAGGCCCACCUCAACGUGUACUACAUUAUCAUCCUGGCCUGGGCCAUCUUCUACCUGAGCAAUUGCUUCACCACCGAGCUGCCCUGGGCCACAUGCGGCCAUGAGUGGAACACAGACCGCUGUGUGGAGUUCCAGAAGCUGAACAUGAGCAACCACAGCCACGCAUCUCUGCAGAACGCCACCUCCCCUGUCAUGGAGUUUUGGGAGCGCCGGGUCCUGGCCAUCUCGGAUGGCAUCGAGCACAUUGGGAAUCUCCGAGGGGAGCUGGCCCUGUGUCUCCUGGCUGCCUGGACCAUCUGCUACUUCUGCAUCUGGAAGGGGACCAAGUCCACGGGCAAGGUUGUCUACGUCACAGCCACCUUCCCUUACGUCAUGCUGCUGAUCCUGCUGGUCCGAGGCGUCACGCUGCCUGGGGCCUCCGAGGGCAUCAAGUUCUACCUGUACCCUGACCUCUCCCGGCUCUCCGACCCCCAGGUUUGGGUGGACGCAGGCACACAGAUCUUCUUCUCCUAUGCCAUCUGUCUGGGCUGCCUGACGGCGCUCGGCAGCUACAACAACUACAACAACAACUGCUACAGGGACUGCAUCAUGCUAUGCUGCCUCAACAGCGGCACAAGCUUCGUGGCGGGCUUUGCCAUCUUCUCCGUGCUGGGCUUCAUGGCGUACGAGCAGGGCGUGCCCAUCGCUGAGGUGGCCGAGUCUGGCCCCGGCCUGGCCUUCAUCGCCUACCCCAAAGCCGUCACCAUGAUGCCGCUGUCUCCGCUGUGGGCCACCCUCUUCUUCAUGAUGCUCAUCUUUCUGGGCCUGGACAGUCAGUUCGUGUGUGUGGAGAGCCUGGUGACGGCUGUUGUGGACAUGUACCCGAAGAUCUUCCGGAGGGGCUAUCGACGCGAGCUUCUCAUCCUGGCGCUGUCGGUGGUGUCCUACUUCCUGGGCCUGGUGAUGCUGACCGAGGGCGGCAUGUACAUCUUUCAGCUCUUUGACUCCUAUGCGGCCAGCGGAAUGUGUCUGCUGUUCGUAGCCAUCUUUGAGUGUGUUUGCAUCGGCUGGGUGUAUGGAAGCAACCGUUUCUAUGACAACAUUGAGGACAUGAUUGGCUACCGCCCUCUGUCACUCAUCAAGUGGUGCUGGAAGGUUGUGACCCCCGGGAUCUGUGCGAGCAUCUUCAUCUUCUUCCUGGUCAAGUACAAGCCGCUCAAGUACAACAACGUGUACACCUACCCAGCCUGGGGCUAUGGCAUCGGCUGGCUCAUGGCGCUCUCCUCCAUGCUGUGCAUCCCUCUCUGGGCCUGCCUGCAGCUCUGGAGCAUGCCCGGCCCGCUGCUCGAGAAGCUGCGGAAGCUGACCAUCCCCAGCCCAGACCUCAAGAUGCGGGGCAAGCUGGGGGCUAGCCCGCGGACACUGACCGUCAAUGACUGUGAAGCCAAACUGAAGGGCGACGGCACUGUGGCGGCCAUCACAGAGAAGGAGACACACUUCUGAGCCUCCCCUCAGCUAGUGCCCCCCCACCGCGGUGCCCAGGUCAUUAACCAGCUAACUGCACGGUCCCCUGGCUUCCCACUGCCAUCCCCGAUGUCACAUGCCCACGAGAUAGCGCUUCCCAGUGGUUAGUGACACCUCUCCCUCGGGGGAGGGGGUCUGGGGAGGCCCUCCUCGCUCAGCCCAUGAACCAGCCUUCCAGGCUCUGGCCUGAGCCUGUCUUGGUCACUGAAGGUGCCCCUCCUGCCACCCCGUUCCCCCGUGUGGCCCCCCCUCUCCAGCUUCUGGGUGUGCAGACAGGGGGUCUGGGUCAGAGAGGAGCAAGGUUCCUGGGAGGCCGGUGACCCUUUGCCCCCCCACCUCAGUGUCCCUCCCUGAUGGGGAGACCUCAGUGGUUAUCCCUGCCCCCUCGGGUGAUGGCCUAGUGGGAUCCCCAGAGCUCUAGUCUCACGUCCUCCAAGGUCACACCCACCUGGGGGGCUGGCAGCCUCCUGUCCCCCCCCCCCUGCUCUGCCCAUUUGUUCAGGGGAGAUGGCUGCUGUGUGGUGAGCCAACAGCCUCUAUGUUCAUGGCUGCCCAUUCUGCCCCCAGCUGGGCACAGGAGCAAGGCUGCACAGAGCAACUUGGCCAGCCUCCUGUGGGGGUAAUCCCCGCAUGGGCCCGAGCCUGGGUCCCCACUCCCAUUCCCCUAUCACUUCUGCCCUUGCCCCACUGUCUCCCACCCUUCUGUCUCUCCCAUCACCCCACUACCUCUCAAUGCCCAUCCCCAUCUUCCUGGCACCAGCAGAGCUUUCUAGGCUUCCUUACCCUUCACUGGGCAGAUGCCAGCCCAUCUUGUCAGGGGGCUAAGCCCCAGCCCUACAGUAGGGAGGAGGACCUGGACUCCUAGUCCUCCCUCCAGUGUCAGCUUCAGGUGUGCAGGGAGGCUGCCACUGCUCCAGCCCUCUUGACUGGAUCUCACUUGUUUUGUAAUUGGAUAUGCUGCCAAGCCUCUGCCUUGGAUUCUGGUUGGGGGUGGGGGAUAGGAAAGGUGCAUUCUUCAUAUCUUUAUCUUUAUCUCUCUCUCUCUCUCUCUUUCUCUCUCUCUCUCUCUCUCUCUCUCUCAUGUUCCCCAAUUUUACUUGGUGGAAAUACCAUAGAUGUGGUUCACUUCAAAGUUCUGAACUCCCAGCUUCUCUGCCCUGGCCAGCCCCUGUUUGAAGCCUGAGCUUGCUGUGUGUAUGUGUGUGUGUGUAGAUCCCCUUGUACACACCCAGCCUUUGGCCUUUUCAGGGGCCCGGCCUUCCUCUGUCCCCAGUCUCUCUGGCCUCGGUUGGCUGGGGGCCCAGCUUGUCCAUCCUCGUCUGCUUUUCUCCCCACAGGUCCCAGGAGGGGCCACUGCUGCUACUGGUCCCCCCUCACCCCCGCCCCCCAGCCCUCACAGCCAGGCCACAUGCCAGGGACAGCCACACUGUACAGGAGCACUUAACACUCAGCACUUAACACUACUCAUGGGCAGGGCACCAGGCCCAUGUCCUUUGGGUUUUUGUAAUUUCCUACUAGUUCCGGGGCAACUCUGGGGCAGGGCGGGGGCUGUGGGGUGGGGGCUGCCCGCCACAUGACUUUUGAUACUGACAGGGAGGGCACUCUCUGGGCUAGCCUGAUUAAAGGAGCAGGUUAUACGGUCUG